CCCCAACACACGGCGCGCCGACAACGCAUAUAUAUGACGCAUAUGGAUAACUUACUAGCUCUAGUCCGCCGCCUCGAUCGGCGGCGCCGCCUCCCCCUUGAUGAUCUUCUGCUUCGCCAGCUUCUCUUCGUGCGCGGCGCGCUUCUUGUGCUGUCUAUACAAGUAAAAGGCCGCCCCGUAGAAGAGCAGGUUGCCCGUCGACAGCACGAACAUGACGCCCAGCACCUUGAGGAGCGUGACGAGGAUCGGCUCCAGGUCCGCCAGCGUGAUCUUCUUGAACUCCUCCAACUGCGCCCGAAAGAUCCGCGGCGCGAAGACGAGCGUGCAGAACCGGUCCCACAGCAACGUCCCAAACAACGAGGCGAGCACCAGGCCCACGAUCUCGAACCUGAACUGGUCGUCGGGGAACGGCGAGAGGUGGAUGGCGGCGUUGACCUCCGGCAGCACGUUCCAGGCGCAGAGGCAGAUGCCGCCGAUGCUCACGAAGAGCGAGAGGAAGAGCGCGUGGUUCUCCGACAGCCCCUUCAUCCAGGGCCGGCCCUUGUAGUUCACGAAGAGGACGGCGACCAUCUGCGAGGUCUCCACCAGAAAUACGGCGGUGUUCAGCAGGUUCGGCAGGAACGGCGUGGCCCACAUCGACGUGACGAACGCGAAGGGGUCGUCCUCGUCGCCGGUGUCGUCGGCGAGCUCGCCGGCCCGCGCCUUGCGCUGGAACCGCACCACGGCCCGCAGGGCCGAGUCGCCCAUGCGCGCGGUCGCCAUCUUGACGGCCCGCCGCAUGCAGUAGACGUGGAUGGCGCCCUGGCCCGCCACGCUGGCGCCUGCGCGGCGCUCGAACCUCGAGGCGCCCGUCCCGCCGCGCGGGCCUCUCUCUCUCUCUCUCUCUCUCUCUCUCUCGUGGAUUUCCGCGCGGGCCGGCGCAGAUCGACGGGUGGAACAGGGACCCGAGCGGCCGGAUCGGGUGCAUCGACUCGAGGGGCGUCGCGUACGAGAAGGCGAGCGACGCGACGACGAGCAACCUGCGCGCGGACCGCGCCGUGUGCGCGGGGGAGACGCGGGGGUCGGCGUCGCGCGGGACGCGGCCCGCGCGCCAGCCCGACGCCAUCAUCUGCCGUUCCGACGACCGCGCGCCCUCGAGCGACAGCGCCGCCAGCGUGUAGGCCGAGAUCACGCUCUCCAGGACCAUGAUCUGCUGCUGCUGCAGGGACGACAGCAGGGUGCAUCGCCCCUGCCGGAUCAGGUCCACCACGGCCCGGAUCGACGGCGCCCGCGACGUGAACGGCGCCGCGACGGACGCGUCGCCCGGCCGGAUCAUCUGCGGGCCGUUCGGGUCGUCCAGGCCCCCCAGCAACUUCUGGGCGGCCGCCAUCGGAUCCUUCGGCGCCUCGCCGCCGAGCUGCUCGUCGUAGACGUUGCCCAGGCCCCGGUCGAUCUUCCGCACCUCGACCUCCAUCUCGCGCUUCAUCCGCAGCGCGACGUCCUUGAUGGCGCCGGCCUGGGCCAGGAAGCCCGUCUCGCCCCGCUGCUCGCGCCGCCGGAUCUCCUCCUCGAGCCACUCCUUCUGCUUCGCGGCCAUGUCCUUCUGGGCGGCGUCGAUGCCGGCCUUGCGCCGCUGCCCGGCGUCGCGGUGCGCGUCCUCGAGCGCCUCCUUCUGGGCGUUCAGGACCGCCUCCGCGCUCGAGUCGCCCUUGGCCGCGGCGAGCUUGGCCCCGGCGUCCGCGUACCCGCCCUGGCCGGUGGUGUUCGCGUCGCCGUACCCGGCGAGGAGCGCCAGGCCGACGUCGGCCUGCUUCAGGGCGCCCACGUCGUUGCCGCCGUCGCCGCACAUGAGGACGGAGGGCGCGUCGUGCAGCGCCUGCAGCGACCGGCAGAUCCGGGCCUUGCCCUGGGGCGACAUGCGCGCGAAGACGUGCACGCCGCCCGCGACGGCCCGCCACACCGCCUCCUCGUCGUCCGCCGCGGCCGCGGCCGCGCGGAGGGCCUUCUCCGUGACCACCAGGGGGCCGCGCGCGGCGAGCGCCGCGACGUCCGCCGCCGCGAACGCGACGGGCGCGCG